AUGGAGAGCGUCGGAUCGCUGCCGGAUAUAAGACAGGAGAGGGUUGCAGAGAGCAUAGCUGAAGAGGCGGAGGUAGACCAAGAGCUGGCACGGCCACCUUAUAUCCAUGCAAUACUGGCGGGCGGUAUAGGAGGCUUGACGGGCGACAUGCUGAUGCAUUCCCUCGAUACUGUAAAGACGCGACAACAGGGUGAUCCGCACAUGCCGCCAAAGUACACAUCUAUGGGUAACACCUACUACACCAUAUGGCGGCAAGAAGGCAUACGCCGGGGGCUGUAUGGAGGAGUACAGCCGGCAUUCGUAGGGUCUUUCCUGGGGACAUGUGCAUUCUUCGGGACGUACGAGUGGAGCAAGCGGCUGAUGAUCGACUACGGCGUUGCUCCAUCCGUCUCAUACUUCACAGCCGGGCUCUUUGCCGAUCUCGCCGCCGCGCCCGUCUACGUCCCCUCUGAGGUCCUCAAAACCCGCCUACAAUUACAAGGCCGUCACAACAACCCCUUCUUCAAUUCCGGUUACAACUACCGCUCAACUCUCGAUGCCGCGCGCACAAUCGCGAGAACAGAAGGCUUUGGUGCGCUUUUCUACGGAUACAAAGCCACGCUCUGGCGCGACCUGCCCUUUUCCGCUCUACAAUUCGCAUUUUACGAGGAAGAAAGAGAACUGGCAAAGCAGUACAUGGGUUCAAAAGAUAUUGGAUUGGCGUUGGAGAUUCUGACGGCAGCGAGUGCCGGAGGAAUGGCGGGCGUUAUAACUACACCGUUAGACGUGGUAAAAACGCGCAUCCAGACACAGCAACCCAACACAUCGUCAACUCCGGCAUCGACCCUCAAAUCGACUUUAUCUCCAUCUUCAACAUCGAAACACUCCACCUCCGCAAAAUUCAGUAAAACAUCCCCAUAUUCGAACCGCCCAAUAUCUACCUCCGGUCCCUCUACCACCCUAAAAGCCCACGGCGCCGCAACCCUCGAUACCUCCUCCGUAAUACGCGGUCUUCGAUUAAUAUAUCAGACCGAGGGAUUAUGGGGAUGCUUCAGAGGUGUUGGUCCCCGCGCGGUGUGGACAUCCGUACAGUCUGGCACGAUGUUGGUUCUGUACCAAACGCUGUUGAGAUAUUUCGAGCAGAUGUCUAAUGAAGGCUCUGCCGUGUAA